AUGAACGGUCUCACCUGGGUCCAACGACGAUACACUCAGUACGACCCAUCCCGUAUCGAGGAGUUCUCUUCUGCCUCUCGAUCUGUAAAGACUGGAAUGAUGUCCGUCGGUAUCACCUCUGCCUGGGUCUGGGCAGCUGUAUUCCUUCAAACGGGUACUCUGACCUACCUGUAUGGUGUCUCCAUUCCUUGGUGGUUCGGUAUGGGUGGUUUCGUUGAAAUCGCCGCAUUCGCAUUCAUCUCGUCCAAAGUCAAGGUCAACGCAGGUGGUGCUUCGACCUUUUUACAAGUCGCUAAGGUUCGAUUUGGUGUUCUGGGCCAUCUUGCUUACAUGUUCGCUGCUAUCGUCGCCAAUUGCGUUGUUGGCAGUGAGAUCCUCAUCGGAGGUGCCGGUGUGAUCUCUGGAAUGACUGGUAUCAGCCAGUAUGCGGGUAUUUGGUUGCUCCCCACGGUCAUCGUGGCGUAUGUGCUUACCGGAGGUCUUCGAGCUACAUUCGUUGCCGAUUACCUACACUGCUGUAUCUUGUUCACCUGUCUAUUGGUUCUGGUGUUGGCUACCUACACCAGAGGCGAUCUUAUCGGCUCCCCUGGCAAGCUGUAUGAUCUGCUCCUCGCUGCAUCCGAGACAACACCCGCUGUUGGAAAUGCCCAUCAAUCGUACCUCUCCUUCAGGAGUGAUGGUGGAAUGUACUACGCUGUGACCGCUGCUACUUCAUUCUUCGGUCUAUCCUUCUGUGAUCAAUCCUACUGGCAGCGAAGUAUCGCCUCAAAGCCCGCCGGUACUUCCAAAGCCUUCAUUUUUGCUGGCUGCUUCUUCUUUUCCGUGGCUUUCGGUAUCGGAUCAUCCAUGGGUCUCGCUGCAAGGGCUCUCGAGUCGAACCCUGCUUUCCCCACCUACCCUAAUCCAUUGAGUCUCACCGAAAUAGGUGCAGGUCUCGCUGGACCAUACGCUUCAAUUGCUAUAUUAGGUAAAGCUGGUCCAGCCAUGUACACCAUCAUCGCUUUCAUGGCUACUACAUCUGCUUGA